AUGUCGCGUUUAAUAAUAAUCCAAUUAGAGAAUGAUACAUUUGAAGUAGACCAGGUAACCGCGACUAUGCGAAAGAUAAAUCCAAGGAACCAUGAAACGUUUAAUCCUCGUUUUGAAAAAAUACAACCUCUAUCUAGUCAAGCCUUUCACCAAUUGGUAUUAGUAAAUAUCUCAGAUAUUAACACUCAUGCCCAUUUAAGUAAUGCAUUUAAAAUUAGUGAAAUAACUUACCAAAUAAGACAGAAAGACACCAAAAUUAUAGCAGAAUUUUCGAACACAUGGCAAAAAGCAAAAAGUGAAUUUAGUAAUCACAUCUUUGGUGACUGGACCCAUGAAUGGAGAAUCUUUAUAACUAUAAUAACUUGUAUAUCGCUGAUUGAUUUCACCCUAAGGUUGCUAGUUAUUAUGAUGCAAAGAUACUUAGGUAAUGGAAUAAUAAGGGAUAUACUAAUUGGACAAAAAUACAGGACCCAACACAAACCAAAGGAAGCAAAAAGCAAUGUAGACCGGCCAAAACAAAUAUUAACCCAAACUAUAGAAUUAAAAGAAAUAAACCCAGAAAUCAAAUACACUCCGAUCCUUCCGCAGGAGCCUAAGGGGUUAAAUCUUCUCGCAAUAAAAGGACACAGUCAGUCUCUUCCUACCACUACUGUAAUGAUAAAUAAUGUAAAAUUAAGGUGUCUCUUGGACACGGGAGCAAGCAUAUCAGUAGCACCCAUUAAUCUGGCAAUUAAAAAUAAUUGGAACUUAGUGCCUACAAAAGCAGAAGCAGUUAGUGCUUCAGGUCAUGCAAUUAGUGCGCUUAAUAAAGGGGAAGUAAAAGUAAUAUUAGGUAAUAUUGAAUGCAACACCUCAAUAUUCUUCAUAGACAAUAACAUAUUUGAGGAUAAAAACUUUGACUUAAUUCUAGGAUGCGAUGUAUUUGAACUGUGGCCCUCCCUAACCUUUGAUUUUAAAAAUAGAAAAUUUAAAAUAGGGGAAGAUGAAAAGGAAAAAUAUGAACCAGUUAAGGAAGGUUGUUUUAAAAUAUCAGUAAAAGAAGCACUUUUGAUAAAACCGAAUUCACAAACAAUUAUUGAGGGAAGGUUAGACGAACACUCAGCAAGCAAGCAAGCAUAUUUUAUAAACAAUCUUGAUGAGAAAAUAAGUCAAAUGCAUUUAGGAACAAUCCCAACUAUAUCUGAGUAUAAUAACAAUGCGCUAAAAAUAUUAGUUCUCAAUCCCACUCAAAGCCCGAUUAAAUUGUAUAAAAAUCAGACAUUAGGUAAAGCAUGGAAAAUAGAAGGUGAAAUUGAAACAGGCAUAUUUACGUUGGAAAAUGACAAAAAACUAGAAUCACAAGAAAAUGAAAUAGACCCAAAAUUUGUAAUUGACUAUAGUAAAUGUUCAGUAGAUCAGAAUGAUUUAGGAAAACUUAAAACAUUAUGUGAAGAGUUUAGCGAUAUUUUUAGUAAAAAUCAAUACGACCUCGGCUCGUAUACAGCGGGAGAAUUCGAUAUAAUAACCACAACUCAGGAUCCAGUAGCAGUAGGUCCAAGGAAAACCCCAUUUAAAUAUAGGGAAGAAUUACAUAAACACAUUGAUCAGCUUACCAAAGCAGGUGUUAUGGUUGAAUCGGACACACCGUGGUUAACACCAUUUGUUAUAGUACAAAAGAAAGAUGGUGGAAUAAGGCCGUGUCUUGACUUUAGGAAAUUGAAUGAAAUAACAGUACCAGAUCAUUACCCUCUUCCUAGACUUGAGGUAAUCAUGGAGAAAGUAGGAAAUUGUAAUUAUUAUAGUUCUUUAGACUUAGCAAGCGGGUACUUGCAAAUAAAAUUAACAGAAAAUGCUUCUAGGAAAUGCGGGGUUAUAACUGAGGAUAACGUAUACCAAAUGACCCAUAUGCCAUUUGGCUUAAAGAAUGCCACAGCAGCUUUUUCCAGAGCAAUGGCUAAUGUGCUUAGUGGAUUAGAACACGUAAUUUCAUAUGUAGACGAUAUCUUAAUUUACACUAAGUCCCUUGACUUUGAUGAACAUUUACUCACUUUAAGAAAAGUCUUUGAACGUUUUCGCUUAUUCAACCUCAAAUUAAGUCCUAAAAAAUGCACAUUCGCAACGCGAAAAAUGAAUUUUUUGGGAUACACUCUUGACUCUAACGGGUAUCAUCCAAACCUUUCUAGAAUAGAAAUAAUAAAAAAUUUACCGAAUCCGACAAAUGUAAAAGAAAUUAAAAGAGUAGUAGGAAUGGCAUCUUUUUACAGAAGACAUAUACCGAAAUUCUCACAUUGGGUCGAACCAUUAACACGACUAACAAAAAAGGAAGUAAAAUUUGAAUGGGGGGAAGAACAACAAAAAGCAUUUAACAAAAUAAAAGAAUUAUUAACAAAUUACCCUAUACUAAAAUUCCCUGACUACAGUAAGCCAUUCCAUAUAUUUACUGAUGCCUCUAUGGUUGGACAGGCUGGGGUCCUGAUGCAAAGGGAUGAAGAAAAUAAAACAUACUCUGCUAUCUCCUAUUGUAGUCGAACCCUAUCGUCCUCUGAAAGAAAAUGGCCACCAGUCCAAAUAGAACUAGGAGCAAUAAUUUAUGCAUUAAGGGAAUUUAAGCCUUAUAUAUUUAUGUCUGACAUUGAACUGCACACGGACCAUAAACCCUUGUCAUAUCUUUUGAAAAAGGCAGAAGCUCACCCAAACCUGGCCCGCUGGCUAAUAGAGCUACAAUCUUACCAAAUAAAGAUAGUUCAUAUAGAGGGCAAACAAAAUUCUUUAGCUGACGCAUUAUCAAGAAUUCAAGAAGAAACACAAACAGAAAUUAAAAAUAUAGAAGAAUUAAAGGAUAUAGCAGAAUUCCCCGUAUGUCUAAAUAUUCAGCAAAAAACUAGAAUCGCGUCAGACUCAUUUAUCAAUACAUUAGUGGUGCGAAAUAAAGACGAGAACCCAUACACAAUAGACAUAAAAGAAGAGCAGUUAAAUGACCCAGAGGCAAAAGCAUUUAUCAAAUUUUUAUCAGAUGGGGAGAUACCAGAGGGUUUUAGUGAAACGGAAAAAGAAAACUUUUCUGAAAAAGCAAAGAACCUAUACAUAGAAAAUGAACUAUUAAUUUUUAAAACACCAGGAUCUCAAGCAAAAAUCUUUGUUCCCACCAACCUCAGAUCUCUAGUAUUUGACUCAUUCCACUCUUCUCAGUUAGGAGGAGGACAUCUAUCAGUAAAGAAAACAUUAAAGAAAUGUCAAAAAUAUUAUUGGCCAAAAAUGCAUUCCGAUAUAGUAACUUGGACCAAACAAUGCAUUACGUGCCAACUGAGACAUUCUCCCACACCAGCUUAUAGAGCUGAAAUGAAUAUGGUACCUGCUGACACUUUAUUCUCAAGAGUAGGAUUAGACCUGGCAGGACCAUUUCCAAUAACUGAAAAUGGUAAUAAAUACAUACUAAACAUAAUCUGUUGGUUCUGCAAAUAUGUGAUAUCUGUACCGCUCCCUGACGCAAAAGCAAACACAAUAGCCAAAGCCUUUUUAACAAAUUGCUACCUUAAAUUUGGUGGGUGUGUAGAAUUAAUUUCUGAUAACGCGACGGCUUUCACCUCAGACUUUUUUAAAGCGUUUUGUAAUAUGUUAUAUAUAAACAAAACGUAUGCUAUUCCGUACUGGUCGCAGGGCAAUGCGCAAAAUAUAUAACAA